GGUUUGACAGGGUCAACUCUCUGUCAAGGUGAAGCAAAGGGAUAGACACAAACACCGUUAUCUAUAUAUGAGUUCCCUGUGACACUAACGUUUUAGAAGAAGUCGAAUGUAGAAGAAGUUAUGACACUUGAGGAUAUUAUCAAAGUAUUGCCGUUGGUGGCGUUCCUGGUCUUACAAGGAAUUGAAGAGGCUUUAGCUGAAAACUGUGGAAAUGAUAUCCACUGUUUCUCCCCCUACACAUGCUGUGCCAAUGUCAAGUCUUGCUGCUACGACAGAGAUGCUCAGGACAAUUUCCGCAGGUCAUACAAACUCCAUAUCUGGAAUAUGUGGUACUUCUGGUUUGUCAUCAUCUUCAUCAUGAUGUCCUGUUUUGGUGGGUGUGGCUACUACCGCCGCCGUCGCAUGGCAACACUUCACCAGCAGCGCCAGCGGGCACCGAUCACAACAAGACGGACCAAUCACAUACGUGGCAGCAGCACCCGCAACUCUCAGUCGUACUUGGCCUACGUCGGCCCGGCUGCUUCCGACCCACCAGAGAUCUCUUUUCUACCUCCACCCUACUCAGAGGUGUCCUCCCAUCCAGGCAUGUACCCUGAGAACAAGGCUGACCUGCCACCUCAAUAUUCACUUAUAGCAUCCAACUAUGCAGGUAGUCCCUCACCACCGAUGGCCUUAAAUGCUCAGGAUCUUGCAGCUGGCACCAACAACAUGCCGAAACCUCCUCCAUACUGUGAAGUGGCUGCACCAGCCAACAAUCCAGCCCCAUCAUUGGCUGAAGCCAGUGCUGCUCCAACCAAUCAGGACACAUACCAAACACAGCCAACCUGUGAAAACUCCUCAACCAAUCAGUGUUCAAGCCAGCCUUCAGCCAAUGACAGUACACCUAAUUGAGUUUUACCAUUGCCUAUUUCUUCUGUCGGCUGCUCCUGUGAUUAACUUUCGGUAGAUAAGAUUCAUAAUGUGGAUGCAUAUUUGUUGAUGUGAUAUUUCCAGUGAUGAUAUAUUGCCAAAAUCUUCAGUUUGGAAAGAAGAUCUGAAUGAAGGAAAUACUAUUUACCUUAAAGCUAUUUUUGCUUGCUAGAUGAUCACUGUCUGAUAUUGUUCUAAUGGUGCACUGAUGUCCUAGGGAUGUCAUGGUGAGGAGGGGGUUUCUGUGGGGUGUUUCACGUCCAUGGAAUGUCACAGGUAGUACACAUACCGUGGGUCACGUCUGCUUUGACCUGUCACCUGACCUGCAGUGCAUGGUUAUUGGUCACACAAGAAAAAAGCCAAUCUCAGGGCGAUACUUUUCUUCAAAUGCUUUACGAGAUUGCAAAAAUAAUGACAAUGCCAAAACUGUCUGGAAAGUGUCUUGUUUUUUGCCAACGAAUGCAGACUUACAUUUUGACGAUAAAAUAUGCAAAAUAGAAUAAUUGCAAAAGGUCAGUGCUUUAUAAAAUAACUUUUGUUCAAUAUCUUUCUUUAUCAGCUGUAUAUCCAUACAAGCUCCUCACUGUGAUAUUUUGUUCCCAGAGCUCUCUAUACUUCGCUGCCACCAGUCACAACUCCUCACAGCGUUAUUUGUUCCCAGAGCUGACUAUAUAUCAAUGCUACUACCAGUCACAACUCCUCACAGUGUUAUUUGUUCCCACAACUCACUAUAUAUUAAUGCUACUACCAGUCACAACUCCUCACAGUGUUAUUUGUUCCCAGAGCUGACUAUAUAUUAAUGCUACUACCAGUCACAACUCCUCACAGCGUUAUUUGUUCCCAGAGCUGACUAUAUAUUAAUGCUACUACCAGUCACAACUCCUCACAGUGUUAUUUGUUCCCAGAGCUGACUAUAUAUUAAUGCUACUACCAGUCACAACUCCUCACAGUGUUAUUUGUUCCCAGAGCUCACUAUAUAUUAAUGCUACUACCAGUCACAACUCCUCACAGUGUUAUUUGUUCCCAGAGCUGACUAUAUAUUAAUGCUACUACCAGUCACAACUCCUCACAGCGUUAUUUGUUCCCAGAGCUGACCAUAUAUUAAUGCUACUACCAGUCACAACUCCUCACAGUGUUAUUUGUUCCCAGAGCUGACUAUAUAUUAAUGCUACUACCAGUCACAACUCCUCACAGCGUUAUUUGUUCCCAGAGCUGACUAUAUAUUAAUGCUACUACCAGUCACAACUCCUCACAGCGUUAUUUGUUCCCAGAGCUGACUAUAUAUUAAUGCUACUACCAGUCACAACUCCUCACAGUGUUAUUUGUUCCCAGAGCUCUCUAUACUUCGCUGCCAGUAGUCACAACUCCUCACAGUGUUAUUUGUUCCCAGAGCUGACUAUAUAUUAAUGCUACUACCAGUCACAACUCCUCACAGUGUUAUUUGUUCCCAGAGCUCUCUAUACUUCGCUGCCAGCAGUCACAACUCCUCACAGUGUUAUUUGUUCCCAGAGCUCUCUAUAAUAUUGCUGCCAGCAGUCACAACUUCUCACAGUGUUAUUUGUUCUCGGAGCCCUCUAUACUAUAUCCUCACAGUGAGAGGCAGCCUACAAGCAUGCAUGGAGUUAAAUUCACAACUGACUAAUAGUUUUGUCGAUAUGAGAAUAUUCCCCCUGCUUUGUUAGUUAAAAUGAAACAUCAUAUACAUUUGGCAAUCAGGGAACCAUUCUGCAUGUCCUAGAGAAAAAGUAAGAGAGGAGUUAGGUGCUUUUCCUUUUUGUCCACAUUCUCAAACCAUUCUUGUAAAACAAACGUCAGUUCAUCUGGAAUAUUAAGUUAGUAUUCCACAUCUCACUGACAUUCACAAAUAUUCAAGAGUCUUGUAAAGGUCCAUACUCACAAUUAUGGCAGCGAUUGAAAAGAGCUUGUUUGUGAUUCAACUAAAGGGAGAUAAUUGAGAUUAGAGUUAUCUGCCCUUUGCUAAACUUGCUUUCCCUCCAGUGAAUGCCAUGUUUGUGCAUGUGUUUGAUUAUUUAUCCAGUUUAGGAGUGCAUUCUUCUAUAGGAUCAUUGAUUUUUGUUUGGUAUGCAUAAUUUGACUGUAAGAAUGGAAACAGUCCCAAAUAUUUGCCGGUCAACAUUUGCUGGUCAACAUUUGCUUAAAACCCGAAAUCCAUUUUCUGUGAUUGUAUAUAAAACUACUGUGUAAUAUGUAUUUAUCAUGAACUUUAUCCAUGUACUACAACUCCUCUUUCAUACUGUCAUCUGUGUUGAUUUUGACAUGGCGUAACUAGUAAAUAUGUACACAGUGUUACAAACAAACAGUUUUAGCCCACUAGUCCUUUUAAUGAUAACAUAUAGCAAAACCCUUAAAAAUGGCAAAUUUCUACGAGUCCUUAUGAUACCUUAACUGUUGGGCAGUUUGGCAAGGACGACGGGACUAGUUCCAGUUUCUAACACUCAGUACACAUGACAGAUUUACACCUUAAGUACUCCUGAAUCAUUGAUAAUGCAGCUCUGCCUUGCUUAAUUAAUUUUUUUAAAAGGCCUUUCCCAAAAUUUGUUGUGUUUGCUAUUUUGACUUACAUCAGUAAGUUGCCGUGAGUCUUUGACUUACCGCCUGACACAAUCUGUAAACUACAGUUGUUAUUCUAAUAGAAUCAUGUCAUAUUUAUUACAAUCUCAUUAAAAUCAGAUCUUAGUUCUCGCUAUCGCUAAACAAAGAUCUGAGGACAUCCCGUUAAGGGUCACGUCAGAACGACCUUUCAGAGCGUC